AUGGAUCCUUCUAAAUUGGAAUUACUAUUUGAACGACAAAUGAAAUUAAUGGAAAUGUUCGUCAACAAACAGACUGGUCCAACUUCACCUUCAAGCAAUCUGAAUCAUACCAUGCUACCAUCUGUCGACGGCAUUGUGAAUAGUAUUUCACAGUUCAAUUAUAAUCCAGAUGCGAAUGUCACUUUUGACACAUGGUAUCAACGAUAUGAGGAUUUAUUCACAGUUGAUCUCGCCUCACAAGACGAUGCUUGGAAGGUGCGAGUGUUAUUACGUAAAUUGGGUCCCGCAGAAUAUGAGAGGUACUGCAACCUAAUUUUACCCCAAAAACCACGUGACAAGUGUUUCGAUGAUACAAUAAAGCUGCUGCGUGAACAUUUUGGAGACCACUCCUCAUUAUUCAGCAUACGUUAUCGUUUCCUCAAGCUGACAAUGAAUGAAAAUGAUGAUUUUCUUACUCACGUUGGCACAGUCAACCGAGAAUGUGAGAGAUUUCGACUCAGGUCCUUAACAGAUGAUCAAUUCAAAGCCUUGAUUCUCAUAUGCAGUCUUCAAUCUCCUCGUUUCACAGAUAUCCGAACUCGACUGCUCAAUCAGCUAGAACAAAAUCCUAAGUUAACAUUACAUGACAUAGCUGAUGAAUAUCAACGGCUGAUUAAUUUGCAGAAAGACACACACCUGGUCGAAUCAACACCUUCGAGAAGCUCUGAUAUUCAUGCAUUACGAAAGAGCAAAAAUCUCUCAUCAUCCAGUCCUGACCCACCUUCUCCUAAUGUUCCGCGUAAAUCUACACAUACUCGUCCAACUUCUCAAAUUGCUGCAAAGAAGACCCCACCAUCACCAUGCUGGCAUUGUGGCGCGUGGCACUUUGUAAAGUCUUGUCCGUACAAAAAUCAUCGUUGCAGCAAGUGCAAAAUCAUCGGUCAUAAAAAUGGUUUUUGUCAGCCACGCAAACCCAGAUAUCAAAAUCCAGCAAAAGCUCGACAAACUGUUGGUCCUAAAUCCCAAAAAAGUCAAUGA